AGCCUGUAGAAGAGUCUCUUCUGGAAAAAUAUGGAUUCCCUGAAGCUGGAACAGAGACCAGAUGUUACACAAAUCAUGCACUGUCUUAUGACCAGGCAAAACGGGUGCCCAGAUGGGUGAUAGAACAUAUUUCAAAGCAGAAGAUGCUGGGCAAUGCAGACCGAAGGCACUGUAAAUUCAGACCAGAUCCUAACAUCCCUCUCAUGUUUAGUGCUGCCAAUGAAGACUACCUUGGGAGCGGAUGGUCACGAGGACACAUGGCACCAGCAGGAGAUAACAAAUUUUCAACAAGAGCUAUGGCUGAAACAUUUUAUCUGUCUAACAUUGUGCCUCAGAAUUAUGAAAAUAAUGCUGGAUUUUGGAACAGAAUGGAAAUGUAUUGUCGGGAAUUGACUGAGAGAUUUGAGGACGUUUGGGUAGUUUCUGGACCUCUGACCUUGCCUCAAACAAAUGACGAUGGAAAGAAGAGUGUUACUUAUCAGGUGAUCGGAAAGGAUGAUGUGGCAGUGCCAUCCCACCUGUACAAGGUGGUCCUUGCCAGACGAAGCAGAACAUCUACAGAGCCCUUGGUACUGGGGGCUUUUGUGGUGCCAAACGAUCCCAUAGGCUUCAGUCAUCAGCUGACUGACUUCCAAGUAAAUAUUGAAGAUCUGGAAAAAAUGUCGGGUUUAGUUUUCUUUCCACAGGUGGACAAAACCAAAGAUGUUAAAAACAUCUGCGAGGUGGAUACCUGUAAACUGCUUGGCUUCAAGGAAUUUACACUGUACAUCACUGCUCGAAAGGUGCAGGGUGCCCGUACAUUGCACCGCUUGGAAAAAGCCAUGUCAGAGCUAAGGGAAGCAGGAAUUGAGCCCGAUGAAUACCUUCUAAAGCUUCUCAAGAAGAAGGAAGAAGAACUACUGCAGGAAAAACUAGUGCCAACUAGAGAGGGGAAAGCUGGCUGAGUACUUGUUCGUGAAAAUGUUUUGCACUUUGAAAGGGGAGC